AUGGCUGCUGCAUCUUCGCUGAAGGUGGCUACACUUAAUGUCAGGGGCUUGGCAGGAAAAAAAAAGCAAGGUCAGGGGGCCGCCUACUCAGAUGUAGUGUACGAGUACGACCGUACGCACUCGCAGAAGCUGGUCUACGUCACCCUCAGUAGGUGCACGGACGUCAACCGGCUGUACAUUAGCUACGCAAAGGAAGAUCCCACCUUCUACCACUCCCGGGACAACCUAGACCGCGACCUGCUGGACGAGUUUCGGUGGCUAAAUAAUAACCGCCUUCCCGCACCGUCGCCAAAGCGUGUGCGCCUAGACCUGCUCACUGGAGAGACUGCCGACGGGACAGUCGUUUCCACCGUGGACGUUCAACUUGCCUCUUCCAAGCGUGACGUAGAGGACUUCAUUAACUCCCACACUGGAUGGCUGCUCGAUCCGGCCGAUGACGAUCAAGCUCCAGCUCUCAUCGUUGGUGACUUCAACGUGGACGUGUCGCGGCCAGAUGCCGCAUCACACCUGCUCCAGGCACACAGCGCCCUCGACUACUUUUGGACAACAGUCAUUAUCGGCCAUUGCCUGCAUGAAACCAUGACGAAAGAAGACAUCUUCAUCACCGGCAUCUCGGGACGGUACCCGCAAGCAGACAGCUUCUCAGAGUUCAAGGAGAAGCUUAUCGCGGGCGUCGAUUGUAUUACCGACGAUGAGGCUCGUUGGCCGCGAGGUUUUCUCGGACUGCCGGAUAGGAUGGGCACCAUCAAAGACUUGUCGCGGUUCGAUGCGACCUUCUUCAGGGUGCCGCCUAAGCAAGUGCAGCUGAUGGACCCUAUGCUGCGCAUUAUUUUAGAGAGGACGUACGAAGCCAUCGUGGACGCUGGCUACGAUCCGGCGACGCUACGAGGACGCAAUAUAGGCGUCUUUGUCGGCUGCGCACUGUCCGAGACGAUGACAUUGUUCGGGUCCGACGCGGGCACGAUCGACGGCUACAUCUCAACCGGAGCGUCGCUGCACAUGUUCUCGAAUCGAGUCUCCUACUGCUUCGACUUCAACGGGCCAAGCUUUACGGUGGACUCGGCAUCCUCCUCGACCAUGACAGCAUUGAGCCUAGCGCUCCAGUCUCUUCGCGCGGGUGACUGUGAGGCCGCCAUCGUGGGAGGCUGCAGUCUCCUGCUCAAUCCGCUCACAACGCUGACCUUGUACCGCUUCGGCCUGCUGUCAGACGACGGGAAGAGCAAGUCGUUCGACGAGAAAGCGGAUGGUUACGUGCGAAGUGAAGCCAUAGGAGCCAUAUUUCUUCAGCGCGGUUCCGAAGCACGCAGGAUCUACGCCAGGUUGGUUAACGCGAAGGCCAACGCGGACGGCUACAAGGUGCAAGGGAUCACCGUUCCAUCAAGCGGCAAGAUGGAGGAGCUGUUUCGCAAGAUGUACGCCGAGGCCAACGUAGACCCACUAAAGGUCACCUACGUCGAAACGCACGGCCCUGGAACCAGCGUGGGAGACCCUCAGGAGUUGGCUGCGCUGAGCAGAUUCUUCUGUCCGCCUGAGCGCAAGAGACCCCUCAAAAUCGGCUCGGUCAAGAGCAACGCGGGACACGGCGAAGCCGCGUCCUCAAUUUCCACGAUUUCCAAGGCCAUAAUUGUAAUGGAGACAGGCAUGAUCCCGCCGAACUUGCACUUCGAGAAUCCCAGCCCAAGAAUUCCGUGUCUUCACGACGGGAGCAUCGAGGUGGUCAGCAAACCAACGCCCUUUGAGGGCGGCCUAGUCGGCGUCCACGCCCUCGGAUUCGGUGGGACCAACGUUCACGCCAUUCUCGAGCCCAACCCGGCACCGCACGUGGACAUUAUGGCCCGAGAAAAGCCUCAACUUCCUAGGCUCGUUCUCAUGGCUGGAAGGAGCAGAGAUUCGCUUGGGAAAACGCUGGACCGCCUGGAAGCCGAAGGACCCUACCCUGAUUCUGCGUACGCCCUCUUGAACCGAGUAGGGCAACCCUCCGUAAAGCAAUUCCCAUUCCGCGGCUACGCCAUAAUUCCUGUGGACGGCUCCCAGAAGCCCGUGACCAAGGUCGUCGAGCAGGUUCAUCCAGCAAAGAGACCCCUGUGGUUUGUCUUCACUGGCAUGGGCUGCCAGUGGUACGGCAUGGCGAGGCAGAUGAUGGAGUUCGACGUGUUCGCCCGCUCCAUCCGCGCAUCACACGACCUCCUCGAGAAGAAUUUCGGCCUCGACCUCAUCGACCUGGUAACUAGCCUCGAACCGCGAGGCGAAGAGACAAUUGCGAGCGUCCUGGUGUCCAUCGUAGCAAUCCAGGUUGCGCUCGUCGAUGUCAUCCACGCCGUGGGUCUUCGGCCCGAUGGAAUCGUGGGCCACUCACUGGGAGAGAUUGCCGGUGCGUACGCCGACGGGGGCCUCAGCGCUGAGCAGGCCGUGCUGUGCGGCUACUGGCGGGGCCGAUGCACCGAUGUCGGAAACCUCCCGAGGGGACUCAUGGCCGCUGUGGGGUUGACGUGGGAAGAAGCUAAAAGGCGCGGGCACAAUGGCGUCGAAGCUGCGUGCCAUAAUGCGGAGGAUUCUGUGACCGUGUCAGGGCCUACCGACGCCAUUGACGGCAUGGUGAAGGAGCUGCAAGCCGAGAACGUGUUCGCCCGUGUUGUGGACACUAUGAACGUGGCCUUCCACAGCACUCAAAUGGAACGCGUCGAACCUGCGCUGCUGAAAGAAUAUAAGGCGGUGAUCCCAGAGCCAAAGCCACGCGGGAAGCGUUGGGUGAGUUCCUCCGUUCCCGAAUGCCGUUGGAAGGAGCCCAUCGCCCAGUACUGUUCCGCCGAGUACUUCGUCAACAACCUCGUUUCACCCGUGCUCUUCCGCGAGGCGCUGAAACACGUGCCUACAGACGCCAUCGUGGUUGAGAUCGCGCCUCAUUGCCUUCUACUGUCGAUUCUACGCCGAGCAUUGGACCCUGGCACCUCCAUUGUGAGCCUCAUGAAUCGAGACAUGGACAACCAUUCCUUCUUCUUGGGCUCGCUUGGCAAGCUUCAUACCCUGGGAGUGAAACUGGACCCAUCUGCGCUCUACCCCCCCGUUCCGUGGCCGGUGCCUCGCGGCACACCGAAUAUUGGUCAUCUGGUCAGCUGGGACCACUCGCAGCAGUGGGCCGUCGCAUCGUGGAGAGACGAACUUUCCCUCGUAGAGGUGAGUCAGGAGUUAUCUGACAAAAUGUUACCAUGCACAAACGAGGCGAACGCUUACCUGGCUGGCCAUCGGUUUGCCGGCAAGGUGGUAUUCCCAGUCGGCGGUCAUCUGCUGCUGGCAUGGCAGACUCUGAGUAAACAUCGGGGCCGAUCUAUAGAGGAGCUGCCCGUCAUCUUGGAGAACAUCAAACUACACAAGAACAUCGUCCUGCCUGAGACGGGCAUUGUGCGACUUGUGACCAUCGUGCGCUCCUCCGGCGAGUUCGAGGUGAUCGAGGACGGCGAGAUGGCAGCAAGUGGUUGCAUUCGCGCGGCCGAAGGUGAAACCUCGCCGAUCGACGUGGAGUUGCCGGUGGACACUGCCGAGGCCAUAACAUAUGACCUAGACGCGGCGGACAUAUACAAGGACUUCGCCCAGCGUGGUUAUGACUACCGAGGAGCUUUCCGAGGCAUCAUUAAGGCUGACAUACAAGGGCCGCACGGAAUGCUCCAAUGGCAGAAUAUGUGGGUGACCUUCAUCGACAGCAUGGUUCAGUACAUCAUGUUCAAAAGCCCCGGUAGAGAUCUCCGCAUGACUGCCAGCAUUGAAUCUUGUCGCUUCGACCCCUACAUUCACGCCGAAGUCAUCAAGAAGGCCGGGGGCACAGGUGUGCAAGUCACCUACAAUCAGGUCGCAGACAUUUGCCGGGCUGGAGGCGUCCUCAUACAAGGCCUAAAGACCAACACCAUCGACAGCGGGACCGAGCAACAGACACCGCUUGUCGAAGAAUACCGUUUCAUGCCAUACAUGGACGACAAAGGCAGCAUGGACAAGAGAGAGUCCCUGACACGUGAAUACGUUGAAGUCUGCUGCAGCGUUGCCAGGCGAGCCCUCGACACCUGUUCCCAGAGUAAGGCUCUUGUUCGUGAAGUUAUAAACGGCGUCCGUAGCGUCCCGGAGCACGUGGUCAGUCAGUAUCUAGAAGACUCUCAUAAGAGCCACGGCCUCCUGCGAUUUCUUCACGCUGUCCAUAAGCAAGCAGAUCACAUUGGCACUUCACUUGCUGCCUAUAUCCAGUCAGCUCUGCCUACGCACAACGAAGACUUGGAAACCGAUGUACUCAACACUGCCCUCUUUGAGGAAGAUCCUCUGAGAUUCCUCCUUGACACCGUGGUCGAAAACACCUGCCCGAACAAGCUCAGAGUGUUGGAACUGGCGGCUCAAGGGAGGGGCUGCCUGCUCGCUUCCUGGCUGGCCACGUACCUUUCCAAGUAUAACUUGUUGCCGACUGUCGAAUACACAAUAGCACAUUCGUCUCCGCAAGGACUGUCAGGAAAGAUCCCUCGAGGUGCCACGGUAGUGUCAUUGGGCUCGGCAGUAUCAAGGAAGAAGCUUCCUGAAGUGGACUUAAUUGUGGCCCGAAGUGCCACCUGGUCCUCCAGUGAAACUAGAAACCUCGCCGAUGAAGUGUCUUCUAUUUGUAGAGAGAACGGAUUCGUAUUGAUCGCCCAGCGUACAGCACUGACACCAGCCGAACGGUUACUCGGUGAAAUUGGAGGCGUCGAACUUCAGGUAGCCGCUCCCGACAAGGUGGAAGCUGAGUUUUUGAAGCACGGGCUACGCCUAGUGGCUUUUAAGUCGAACAACUUGUCUGGCCUGUAUCUCUUCCGAAAGCGUUCCAUGCCUGUCGAGGAAGCAUUGCAAGAAAUAGUCAUGGUUGACAGCGAACAUUGCGACUCCGUCGAUUUGGUCAAGAAGAAAGCUCUGGACUACGAGUGGAAGGCGCAAGGAGAGAACAUGUGGCUGCUUGCGGAGGGGGCUGCAGCAAGCGGCGUCGUUGGCUUGGUGAACUGUCUCCGAUACGAAUCCGGAGGAAGUCACAUCAGAUGUGUGCUCGACGCUAGUUCAGCCGGGACGGACAAGGUAGGUGACUUCGACCUGACAAAUCCAGAAUACAAGCGCCUAAUGGAAAAGGACCUGGUCAUGAAUGUUUAUCGCAAUGGGCAAUGGGGUUGCUACCGGCAUGUCGUCACCAAAUCCGCUGACACUACGAAGAACACACCGUUUGCUGUCCUGAACUUGCGGAAACGGGGUGACGUACAAAGCCUGAGUUGGUACGAGUCCCCAUUGCCCUACCAUGCUCUGCCCAAUACCAAGAGUGCCACUGACCCGACAGUGUGUGAUGUGUACUUCGCUACGGUGAACAAUCGAGACGUCAUGUUCGCCACAGGAAAGCUGUCGCCAGAGGCGCUCGCAGGCGACUUGGCGAGUUCGGAGUCCAUUUUUGGACAGGAGUUUUCUGGAACGGACCAAGCAGGACGUCGUGUCAUGGGCAUCGUCUCUAGCCAGGCCUUGGCGACCGUGGUCGCUGCAGACCCCACCCUUCUGUGGGAUGUUCCUGAUACUUGGACCCUCGCUGAGGCGUCCACCAUUCCUUUGUCGUUCUCAACCGCAUACUAUGCCCUGGUAGUGCGCGGUAAUAUCCGGCCAGGCGAGUCUGUCCUAGUACACUGUGGCAGGGGAUGCGUUGCGCAGGCUGCCAUCGCCAUCGCUCUGUCCAUGCGGUGUACCGUCUUCGCAACUGUCGGUUCCGCGACAGAGCGACAAUUCCUGAAGAACCACUUCCCGCAACUGGAAGACAGCCACAUUGUAAACUACGGCAGCUUUUGCUCAGAAGAACGCAUCCUUCAACAGACACAAGACAAAGGUGAGCGGCUAAACCUUGUGGCUGAUAGAAACACUUGUAAACUCAGGAAAUACACACAUCUGGCGUUUGACGAGCUUUUAUUGGCCAUAUAUGGCAUUUGCUUAUCCUGCGUAUGUUUGCUGAGCAAGGUAAUUUUUUUUUUGUAGGAUAACAGCCUCUCAAAAAUACUGCUCUGAUUUAUCUGAAUGCACUUUCAAGGCUUACAAAAACGUAUUACGAGAUAGUACCAGUCUUAAUUAUGACAAUAUUUAUUAAAUAAUUUAUGCUUAGCCUUUUCUUAUAUUGCGUGAAGAUUCUGUAA